AUGUCGUCACUAGCCCUGCUUACCCUUCUCAGCCAAAGCCGAAGCGUUACAGAGAUUCUCAAAGCUCAGUAUUUGUUCAGAAAUUCCGAAUUCAUCCCCAAAAUUUUCAGAUAUUGGGCAUUCAGGAAGCCCCUAUCAGUGGAAUUGGGACCUGGAAUUCUUGGAAAUGUUUUUGAUGGAAUUCAGAGACCCCUGAAAACUAUUGCUAUUAGAUCUGGAGAUGUCUACAUUCCUCGUGGAGUUUCGGUCCCUGCUCUUGACAAGGAUGCACUGUGGGAGUUCGAGCCGAAGAAGUUAGCUGUUGGAGAUCUCCUCACUGGUGGAGAUUUAUAUGCUACUGUCUUUGAGAACACUUUGAUGCAGCACCAUGUUGCUUUACCUCCUGGUUCAAUGGGAAAAAUAAGUCAUAUUGCCCCAGCUGGUCAGUAUAGUCUCCAGGUUAGUAAUGAGAUCAACUCUGGUUCAAUGGGAAAAAUAAGUCAUAUUGCCCCAGCUGGUCAGUAUAGUCUCCAGGACACAGUGCUAGAGUUGGAGUUUCAAGGCAUCAAUAAGAACUUCACUAUGCUUCAGACUUGGCAUGUUCGUACUCCUCGACCGGUUGCGACAAAACUUGCUGCCGACACACCUCUAUUGACUGGGCAGAUAUGGGUGGUAGAGAAGGAAGUGGUCACUCGAGUUUCCCUCAUGUUGCACUCAAUGAGUGUAUCCUUUCAUCAAUGUCGAGAAAGUAUAUUGCUGCGCUCAACCAUGACAUGAUUUAGAAAUAGGACCUGGAGCAACUGCAGUUUUCAACUGCAGGUACUUCGUGAUCUCAAGAUCUCCACUUCAAGGAGGCCUUCGAGCCAUGCGAGAAUCUGAGGUAGUUUAUACAAUCUUAGCAAACUUAGCAAACCAUGAGAAUGAAAGCCCAUGGAGAUAUCUUCGAGGCUUGUACCAAGGCAAGACUGAACUUUUAGGAAUUGAUAAUCAAAUCCAAGAAGUUUGUCUCAAGAUCUUGAAGACAAAUCAGAACUCCGUAUUUGCUAUCAGCCUUCUCUUAGAUCUCCUUUGCAAUGGCUUUCAGCCUUCUGGUAAAUUGAGGGGUGUUAUUGCAAUUUCAAGAAAUCUUUAAGCCGGAUCUGCAAAUUCUAAUUUAGCGACGAGCAUUUGCUCUAUUUUAGAGGCUGUUGCUCCUAUGAGAUUCAACUAUUGAGAAUGGCACAUGAGCCGUAUCUCUUCUCAGGUUUGUUGAGGUGGUCAAGAACUUGUACUGGUAUUCAUUACUUCAGCUGUUCUUUAUGGGCUUCUUUGAUGAUUCAGCGAUUAAUAUUUGCUCGUUGAACGUUGACUUUUUAAACAUUGAAAUUUAAAUAUGUAUGUUCAUGGAAAAUACGAUUGGACUUGGGGAUAUAAUUUAAUACUCAUAUGUAGCAGCAUUAAUUUGAAAUGUGGUUUUUAUAUUCC